AGAUUCAAAGAUAAUGUCGGUUACAACGGAGGCACUGCCGCUUUAUUUGACAUCGCAGUUCUUCAGACGCACCCUGGAGCACGGCCUGCAACAGCAGGAUCUGCAGGUGCUGGAUGUCCAGUUGACCGAUCUGACGCGCGGUGGAGAGAACUAUUGUAGUAAUAUCUAUCGGGCCCAUAUCAAGUAUCAGACGGCGGAACAGGAACUCGUCGAGUGCUCACUAAUUGUCAAGUGUAUGCCGGCCGAGAAGCAGGCGAUCCUGGCACGUCUCCACAUCUACAACAAGGAGAGUGUCUUCUACAUGCACAUUAAACCGAAGCUGGAGGCGCUUAUGUGGCGGGCCAAUGACAGCGAAGAGCACUGGAUUUUGGGUGCCAAACACUUUUACUCAACCACGCAGCCAGAGCAGACCAUUAUCUUUGAGGAUCUCUGCUGUGAGGGUUAUCAGCUGAAAUGCCGUCAACUUGGCUUGGAUUUAGAGCAUGCGAUGCUGGUGAUGCGCAAAUUGGCCCAGUAUCAUGCUCUGACGAUGGUUAUGGCAGAGCAUGAGCCUCAAACGAUCAUAGAUCGUUAUCCAUUUGGAUUACUCCACAUGGAUGCCAUCAAGUCGCAGCCUUUUACGCUGCUCUUCGGCACUCAAUUGCUUAAGUUGGCGGCCCUGAUUAACGACUGUGAGGGAUUUGGGGCUAUAACAAGGAAACUCUAUCGAUAUCACGAGCAUUUCACGGAGCGUGUCGUGAAGUCAGUUUAUCCACUGCGUGGAGCGUAUAAUGUGCUCAAUCAGGGCGAUCUCUGGGUGAACAAUAUAUUCUUCAAGUACGAUGAGCAGUAUCAGGUGCAGCAGGUGAAGAUUAUUGAUUUCCAGCUGUGCUUCUACGGCAGCCUGGGCUUUGACAUUAAUUAUUUCCUAAAUACCAGCCUAGAGCUGGAUGUGCUGAAGACCAAACGUCAGCAGCUAAUUGACGCCUACUAUGAUGCUCUGGUGGAAUGUCUGAAAAAGCUGCCCUGGGGAAAACCUCUGCCCACACACGAUGACAUCUUGGCGGAAAUACGCGCCCGGGAAGCCUAUGGUUUCUUUGUGGCCUUCGGUUUCUUUCCUCUGAUGAGUAUGAUUGGGGUCGAUUCCGAAGAUAACUCUUUGAAGAACUUUCACGAUGAGGAAUUUGCCAGACAGAAGGUGCAGCUCAUGUUCGAGGGCAAUAUACGCACUCUGGAAAGUCUCAAGUUCACAUUGAAGCGUUUAGAUGACUUGCAACUAUUCGAUUGAACAAUUUCCCCCAGUAACAAUUGCAUAUGAUUACGAGUAUUAUAACGGUUGCAUGUGCGAAAUUUUCAAUUCAAAUAGAAUUCAAAUUGCCACACUUAAAUUGUCUUCAAUUAA